AUGGCUGCAAAAUAUCCUUCAAAUGAAAUAGAUCUUCGACUAUGUUCCAUAUAUCAACAAAAUUCCGGUUCAUGUCCUUCAUUAUCAUGUAAUAAUCUUCAUGUAUGUCGUGAUUAUCUAUUAAAUAGUAAAUGCUUGAAAUUGAACUUAAAUGGAAGAUGUUCACAUUCACAUUCACUUUUUACUCUACACAAUCGAAUUAUCCUUGACAGAAUGCCUAAAUUAUCAGUACAGAAUGGAGACGAAUUUGAUAGAGUAGCUCAACUUAUUCGAACUUCAGAAUCAAAUUCUUCAGAAAUGGUAUCACAUAGCGUUGGACGACUUUCGAUUUCAGAUGACAAUCAUGAAAUUGAAUUGAAAAGUGGAACAAGUACUAUCACCAGCGGACGAGAUGAUGCUAAACUAUUGUUAUAUAAUUCAGCACCUGAACCUUCAUCUUCUUUAUAUAAUAAUCAAUCAUCUAAAAGUACUUUUACUUCAUUACCUGGACAUGCUACUUCCAGUGAUCGAUCAUCAUUAAUAAAGAAUACAAAAACUCCUGUAUCUCCACGUCUUUCGACAUUAACCGAACCGAGUGUUUCAAAAACAAUGAGAUCAAUCACACCAGACUUUUCUUUAUAUCCAACAUCUGAAAUCGCUAGUCGUAGUUUAAAUUUACGUGAAAAGGACUUCGAACAGCCGAGAAAAACUGAUAGAAAAAUAUCUACAACAAUGUCCUUAUCUACAUUUAAACCAGAAUAUAAAGGAAAAUUUACACACAAUGAUCUUUCGAAAUCCUUUAGUGAAAUUGAUGAGAGACUUCGUACCAGUCCAAUUGCUACAACAACAGCUUCCGGAAAUAGAAAAACAAAACGUGUACAUUUUCAUUAUGAACUAGGGCAAGAAGACAGCACGUCAUCUACAUUCAAUCCAAGAGAUCAAAUCAAAAAUUUAACACAAACAAAAUAUAUUUCUAAUAAAUAUAUAAAAGAUGAACAAUUAUCGUAUAUUCUUGGUCCUGGCAGACAUCUAAUGGAAAACGAAGGAUGUCAGAUACUUCCAUCCGGCUAUCGUCGAUUAACAAAUAAUGAUCAAGAAAAGCAAAUUGAGAAAAAAUUAGAUAAACUUUUACUUACUAAAUUAAAAUCAGAUCUUGUACUACUUAACAAUAAUGAACUUGCAUUGAUGAUUCCUACAAGUGCAGCAGAAAAACUUUUUGAAGAAAAUCAAAUACAUUGUGGCAUAAUCUCUGAACCAUGUACAAUUUCACUUGAUAUUGAGGUAAUACGUCCAGCAAGAAAUGAUCUUACUCAAUCAAUGUCAGCAGCGUCGAGUAAUAUUAUACCUCCAAGAACACCGAUGCGACAAGAUCAACCAUAUUUGUUAUCAUCGGAUGGAAAACUACGUAUACAAAGCACUAAUUCAUCGAUUGGUGUAGUCUAUGAUGAUAUCAGUCAAGUUCAGGUCGAUAUGAUGGUAUGUGUGACUACAUCGGGCACAUUAUUGAAAAGUGUUCUUUCUCGAGCUGGUCCGUCAAUUGAAUCAGAAUAUCGUAAAAUGCAACAUUCAACAGAUGAUAUUAUACUUGGUGGUGGUUCCACUAAAGCACGACAAAUUAUUUGUGCUGCAUGGAAAUUAGAAGUUCACACAUCAGAUAUCUCAAAAAUUCAAAAGUCAUUAUCAAAUUUAGUUAAACGAUGUCUUGAUCAUGCAGUUCAACGAAAGAUGAGAUCAAUUUCUUUUCCACCAAUUGGUACUGGAAUGAUUGGUCUUGAUCCAAAUAAAGUUUGUGAAUCAAUGAUAAUGACAGCUAUUGAACAUUUAAACAAAUGUACAAUGGAUGUAUUAUUUGUUAUUUAUCCAUCAACUAAAUCAGAUCAUAAUCAAAACACUUAUCAAAUAUUUCGUGCUUAUUUGGCUAACUUUUGCCAACAAAACGGAUCGAAAAAAGUUGACAUAUCGUCGGCAACUGAUGUUUCACAAUCAAGAUCAAUUCCAGUUGACACAAGUCAAUAUAUUCGUCGAACUUUGGAAUGUAAACAAAUACGCACUGUAUCAGCAGACUUACCAAAUAUAGUUGACUAUCAUAAAGAAUUGUUGAAAUUAUUAAAAGGAUUGAUCAAUGAAACAACAUAUGAUCUAUCUCUUGUUCAAAAACCAUUCGUUGAUCAAGUCGAACACUUAGUUGAUGUAUGUCUCAAGUAUCAUGUAUUACCACGUAUUGAUUUUUCUAAAAAUAAAUUAAUACUUCGUGGUGAUCGUGAAUCAUGUUCACAAUGUUUUGCUAAUCUUCGACAAGAAAGAUUAAUACAUAAAUAUUAUAUUUAUAAAACUGGAAACAUAUCUAACGAAAUUAAACUGAAUACGUAUGAAUCAAUGAAAAUUGAUGAAGCUUUUUCAGUUGAUAAAUCGAAAAUUCGUAUUGAACGUGAUAAUAAUAUUAUAUUUGAUAUUGAUUUAAAAACUUCACAAGUAGAAAUCUACGAUGAUGAAAAACCUGCUCGUCUUGAUAGAAAACCAUUAAACGCAGAUUCUAAAAUUGUUCCUCCAUCGACAUGGUUGCAUACUUCCUUGAUGAUUCAAACAUUUUCAAUCUCACAUCUUCAAUUUAAUUCAAUUGAAUGUAUUCGCGUCUUUGAACGAUCAAUGCCUAAAUCUGAAUGGUUGAUGCUAUUCAAAAUUGGCCAUUAUAUGUUCACUAUGCUGGAAAAAAAUAUAAAAAUGAUAUAUUAUUUUUUUCAUGGAUGUCCAUUUUCAUCUGUUCAAUCAAUAAUUCAUUAUGGUUUACAUUCCAAUAGGGAUGGACAAGAAAGUUUGAUACGCUUAACUUCUGUUGCAUCAAGUACUCAUAUAUAUGAUACACGUCGUUCAACGGAUGGAAAAUAUUAUAUGUUUGCUGUUCAAUUAUCAUCAAAAAAGAUUUCUGAUCAGGAUUGUAUUUGUUUGUCUAAUGAGGAUGCUCAUUUAGCAUUACCGACAUAUUUAAUUGUAUAUCAUCGAAACAAAAUAAAUUAA